GUUUGUUUGUACACACACUAGUUACAGACCUUGAGAGUCGCGGCGUUGCGCAAUUGUCGUGUUUUGAUUUCAGCUAUGGAGUUUUCUAUCCCAGUUGAACAGAUCGGUUCGGAACACCAAAAAAUUCCAGCACUACUUAUUCGAAUUGACAAGACUUCGUGUACGAUAAAAUAUACUCAAAGGUUAGUCAUUCGCCAGAUUGGCUUUGCGAAUGCAGUAGCUUUACAGUUGUAGCUGAAAUUCCCCAAACUUUUCUUGAAAACCGGCACUCUUUUAAGCAAUACGGAUGGUGCUCUUUUGCACAACUAAAUAUUAUGUCAACAUGUGGAUAUAAAGGCUAUUGGCUUCAUGACGUUAAAGUUUCUGAUUUAGUUGAUUUGUUUGAAAAGAUCCAAGUAAAAUUUGUCAGAAGUAUUUGCCUCGUUUCAGCACAUCGCUAUUCACCAGAGUUUGUUUUUUCACCUGACCUAACACUUGCGUCAUGACAGAUGGCAAAUGUUCUACGCUGGUACUCCGAAAGUUCGUUCUGAACAUAGCACUGUGCUGAUUUGAUUCGUUUUAAAGCAAAUCAACAAAAUUAAUUCAAGCUGUUGUCAUUAAGUUUGUGACGUAUCUUAAGAACGACAUGUAAGAAAGUACUUUUUUGAUGAGGACAAACCAGAAGAUGAAUGAGAGUCACAAUUCGUCGGUGUGUAAGGCUGCAUUCAUUCAAGUCUUAUCAUUACCCAGUUCACUAUCGUUCAUUUUAAUUAUCAACAACUUCCAGCACUUAUUCAAGCAACGUAACCAUUCAGCUGUUUUUUGUGGUGUUGACUUUCAUACGCCUAUAAAAGUUGGCUUAUCUGAGUUGCAGCUAUCUCCCAAUGCGUUUUCCACUAAUGAAGAACAAACUGCCCUGUCCGGCUCAAUGCAAAAUGGUGGUUCAGCGAAUCAGUCCUUUUCACCUCGGGACCCUAUCGAGGUUUGGCUUGACUCCGGUUCUACUCAGAAGAAAAAGAACGUAACGGAUUCAGAAACAAGUGAUUCCUUAGAGACAGUGUCCAACGGGCCACCUGGAGCAUGGUGGCCUGGCCGUGUUCUUACGAUACAAGGUGGUUUCGCCCAUGUAGAGGUUGCUGCCCCAUUGCAAGAAUUUACAGGGUGGAGGAUAAGCCGACUGCACAUGCGAUACCUCACUUGAUUGGAGUUAGUUCUGUCUUGCCUUACCGUUCUACCCUUGUAAAAGUUGAAGAAAUCCGAAUUCCUUGGAAUGGUAAGACCUCUGCUGAUCGGUCGCAAGGUAACAAUUUGGCGACAAGUCUCCUCAAGGACGGUUCAACCGAACCAACUAAUUUACUGGCACCUGGUAUUCUUCACCGUCACAGUAUUUGUAUUCCGGCUUAUUUGUCCCGAGUAGCAACUACUCCGGAAUCGCAUGCGACUAUAGCCAAAUUUUGUGGCGCCCCAUGUCUUAUUCAGUCUGACUCUGAACCAUUCCUCCCGGGCACAUUUGCAAAAUCGAUAUUAGGCGAAGAAGGAUGUAAUGAAUCUGGGCAAAACACUCCAGCUCAUGGUGAUUCAGGAUCAGUAAGCCCAUCACUGUGCCUAUCUACAUACACGUGGCCUUCACCCCCCUUAAUAUCUCAAUCAGCCAUUAUGAAUAUUCCGCAUAUCGCAGGUACAUUGAGUCCGGCUGGCAUAACUGACCCAAAUAUCUUGUUGACCGGUUUGCCUGGAGCUAACGGACCACUUGUACUGUUACAUAUUUGGUCUGGUUCUGCCGAAGCUAUUCGACGUGCAACUUUCUUGGAAUUAGGUCAUGUUCGUUUAUUAGCUGUCAGAUACCAUUUGCUUCGAAACCUGUCUAAAGGAGAGACAGGAGAAUUGGAAUUAUCCAACACUGCUGAUUUUGAUGCAGAAAAUGGUGAUACACCAGUAAUGCACUGCAAGCCCAUAAGUAUGCCAGCUUCUGCUUCAAACGAUAAACAAUCGUCUAGAGGAAUGAUUAUUGGGUAUCAAUGCCGUUUCCGCAUUUUACCACAUCUUAUCGGUCUCGCAAUUGGCCACCGUGGUGCAACUAUUCAAGAGGCUCGAGCAAUACCUGGGGUUCGUGUAGUAGAUCUUCUUUACGAUGGAAUAGUGCAUGUCGAGGCUGAGACAAUCGACGCUUGUCACUCUGUCCGAAACCUGCUAGAUUUUACAGAAGUUGAAAUUCCCGUUCAACCACGAUUAGCAAGUCGACUUAUUGGAUCCAAAGGGAUGAAUAUUCGUAAGUUAGCAGAAGCUGCAGGUGUUCGUCGAGCUGAAUUGUUGGAUCCUGUUACCAGAAAACGUAGACAUAUGGCACAACGUCGGAAUCAAUUAGCAACCCUUGUUGAAAAGAAUCAGACAAGUUCUGUGACGGAUGAUAAGGCAAAUGAAGAAACUUCAAACGGUGAAGGAAUGAACAACGGUAAUGAUAAAGUUACUGUCAACUUAGAUGUCUGCUUGGAAGGCAACAAAGACUCCGAUGAAGUCGUUGAUCUGCCUCCUGCUUUUUCGCUUGUUGGUACACGUUCAUCUGUCGCAAAAAUGCGUUUGCUUCUGGAAUUUCAAGCGGAUAAUUGGAAUGAAUUAGAUGAAUUAGAGGAAACUCGAAGGACGUUAUUUAGUCAGUUACGUCAAACUACUCAAAUGACCAACAAGGCGGAUUCCCUUUCCCCUGGACGCUCCUCCAAUGGCAGGUCCAUCAGAGGCGGAAAUUUUGGUAGAAACAGACCGAUGGGUCGUGGUGGCCGUCUACCAGACAAUUCAAUUCCCGAUCAGUCCACGGAUAAUACAGAAAUGUCUCGUCCGCCUAAUUCACGCGGACAGCGUCCACGUGGCAGAAGCACUCAUCAGUUUGAUGUACCUAAUGGUUCUGUGAGGAAUCGUCCACACCCCAACAACGAUGUACAAGAUAGCUAUUCCAAUGGUGUAAUGUCAACUGGUGAUCAUGAAAAACAUCAGAGUGAACCGGGUCAUGGUAAUUUUGAAAAGAAUUCUGAUCAGGUAUCAAGACAAGGCUCUGGUAUCCCCAGACGUGGGCAAACUCGUAAUAAAACAAGAGCAAGUUAGAUAUUUGAAGAAAAGUCGAAACUCGUUACUGUGUUCUACUCCGGUUUUAUUCUACAAUUUGUGUUGCAUAAAGGGACUAUGUUUUAGGUUAUAUUGUGCUUUUUUAAAGUUGUUUUUUUGCAAAAAUUAUUGAUCAGUAAAAAACACUGUGUAGAUUGUCUUCCUUCUCUUAGCAUGAAUGUGCUUUCAUUUUCGCAUUGUUUUAUUUUCAAUGGUGAUAGACACCAAAGUUUCAGAUUUUUGCUUAGUCUUCAAAGUGCAUUUACACACAAGCCACAUUUGUGUAAUUAGACGCCACUUUCUGUUUCUUUAUGACAACCUCACACUUUUAAAAUUGGACGUUUCAAUUAAUAUAACAAUGGCAUGCUGCCCCCUUUUAAAACAUCCUCGGGUAUAUUUUUCCUGAUGAAAUAAGACUACUGUUUAAAUUUUUUUCGUGUGUGUGUUUUGUCUUUUGAUUUCAAAAUGUCAUGGGCUAUCCUUUAACUCAGGUUUAAGUUCUCAGGCAGUAUUGAUUGAGACACAAGCGUAUCUCACUCUGUAAGUGAAUAAAAUCAUUUGUUUCUGUGUA